CAAACUACUGCGUUGGACUGCUGUUUAAAAUCAUGGAACACUUUUUGCGGAUAAAUACUACGUAUUUGCAAACAUAAGAUGUGAUGGAUGUGAUUUUUGAAAGUUGAUUUUUAACUUAAGUUUAAAAUGGAAGGUUUAGCCUGUGUGAUGUUCCUCGUAUUCAGUGUGUGUCAAACAUCUUCGUUCUCUGGCUUUCUAAAGCAGCCAACUGAUGAAAAACAGGCGGAAGGUGAGCUGGCGUAUUUCAAUUGUAUUAUCAAAAGGCUUGAUAAUACUGAAUACGUCUCCUGGCUACAUAAUGGUCACAAAAUAAGUGAAGAUGAUCGAAUCAUUGACCGACGUAACAUUGAUCGUUAUUCAAUAGACUAUGAUCCUGAUGUUAGAAAAUAUAAUUUGCAAAUUCAGAACGUUCAACGGAGAGAUAGUGGAGAGUAUACGUGUACGAUAUAUAAUAGCGGGGGAAUAAUUGUCGCGGAGUCUAAAUCAGCAAAUUUUACCGUUCUUCAAAUACCUCGAGAACAUUACCCAAUUUGCUCUCCUAUCGCCGCAAGGUACUCUCGUGGACAAGCUAUCAUUAUAUCGUGUAUAUCAGAAAAUAUAGAACCCCCUGUCCGUUUAAAAUGGAAGCGCAAUAGUGUUGACAUCACGUCGGGAAUUGAUCGAAAAAUGACUGAUGAUAAUCAUGUAGUAAAUUAUUCAUUUCUUGCGAAGAAAUCUGACAAUAGGGCAAUGUUUAUAUGUGAACUCACAACUUCAGCUAACCCAUCUAUCAGGCGGAAUUGUUCCUGUGGACCGAUAAACAUCAUUUAUGCUCCUGUUGUACGCAUUAAACAAACAGGCAACAUUGUUCUUGAUAAGGAAGCCAUCUUCAUAUGUUACAGUGACGCAAAUCCAGAGGAAGAAAGAUUCGAAUGGAUUUUCAAUCCUCCAAUUGAUAGAAAUAUGUAUCUGUUAGAAAAUGAUCGUAUUUUGAGAAUUACAGACAUGAAACGAAUUUUAAAUAACACUAAGGUUAUGUGCCAAGUUACAAAUUCUAUGGGGAUUGGUUCAAGUGUAUUAUAUAUUAACAUUAAAAGUCAAGUUUCGUCAGAGGAAUCUAAAGCCGAUUAUGUAGAUACAACGAAAUCGGAAAACAAAGAUCGACCGAAAGACAAAAAAUCAAUCCCCAAUCAUCAGUUAUUAAUAACAACAUCACCUGACCAGCAGAAAAAUACGACUCACAUCUCAAUAUCACUAAUUGUUGCUAUUGCAGUGGCAAGUAUUGUAGUGAUCCUAGGCCUAGCUAUGAUUCCAGUUGGUUACAUGAGAUACACACGAAGGCAACCUAGUGACACCGUCAGUAGAGGAAGACCCGUUUCUAUACCUGAUGUAUACUUCGAGCCCAAGGAUCAUGUGGAUCCUAUGCUGCCACAGUUAGGCUUAUCAGCUCCAUGGAUGAGGACAGUAGGAGUUCAAGUUCCUGGUGAAUGUGAAUAUGAUAUGACGUACACACAAAUAUCACCACAGUCUCGCCAGGCAUAUUACUCUCAGAGGAUGUACACCGCAGCUUCCAUGUAGCGGUUCAUUUGUUGGAAUUUUCUGAAACAAGUA